AUGCAGUCAACAUUGCUUGUGCUCUCGACAAUUUGCUCACUAGCAUCCGCAGCAAUACAAUGGGGAAAUUGUUCGAACGCAAUCAUUCCUCUAGCCAGUCCUAAGCUACAGUGCGCCACGCUCUCGGUUCCCUUGAACUGGUCUGACACCUCAUCCACGAACAUCACGAUCGGCCUCACGCGUGUCGAGGCCGGUGACACAUCGAAAAGAAUCGGCAGCUUGAUAUUCAAUCCAGGUGGUCCUGGAGAGCCAGCAUCAACCGUCCUCGCGGGCCAAGCACUCGGCUUCCCGUUGUUCUCGACGAAUAUAAGUGACGUCUUUGACCUGGUCGGCUUCGACCCUCGUGGCGUCGGUCCAUUCAGCACACCCGUCAUCUGCGAUCCAGAGGUCUUCAACACCCGCAUCAACUACUAUCCUAACUCCACCUCGCAAUACAACGACUUAGUGACCGCCAACAAAGCCAUUUGGCAGAACUGCCACAACUUGACCGGCGAUCUCCUUUACAACGUCGACACCCUGUCUGUUGCGAAAGACCUCGAAGCACUCCGCAUCGCUCUCGACGAUGGACCGCUAAAUUUCCUCGGCAUCUCCUACGGUACAGUGAUCGCCCAAACCUACGCUCGUCUUCAUCCAUCCUCAUUCCGCACGAUCGCCAUGGACGCCGUAGUCGACCACAAUAUUUCGGCCACAGCACAAUUCUUCGAUGAAGCGCAGACGUACGAGGCUUCCCUCCAUCGAUUUGCCAGCUGGUGCAGUUCGACGAACAGCACAUUCUGCCCGCUCAAAGGCAAGGACGUCAUCUCCAUCUUCAACGCCACAGUCGCCAAUGCCACUCGCUCCCCACUACCUGUUCCCGGCUGUGUCAACACAGACCCCUCCAUCACUGGCGGCUGCUUUGCCAACAUCACCGCCGCCGAACUCAUCAGCACGGCCCAAACCCUCCUUACUUUCAAAGAUCCCAACGCGCCCGUCACGCUUGGCUGGCCGGCACUAGCAGGCGCGCUCGCUCUCGCCGCUCAAGGCAACGGCACCGCUAUGGCGCAGGCCUUCGCUGCCGCAAACUUGGCAACCAGUAACAUCUCCUCCUUGUUCGCUGGCACCGUCAUUCCCUGUUUGGACGACUACACCGGCAUCAACUCCUUUGCCGACAUCCAGUACCGGCUGAGACUGGGAGAGUACGUCGCGCCUCUGACAAAAGGCAUCUCCGAGAAAUGGCGGCAGCAGGUCCGCUGCAUCGGGUUUCCGAUCCCCCCAACGUACCCGCAGACGGACAUGUCUGUCAACAAUACAGGGAAGGGGGACAAGGAAAUGUUGCUGGCGACGAGUGAGUGGGAUCCGAACGUGCCGUGGCUGUGGGCGGAGCAGGCUCGAAGCGCGAUCGGGAAUGCGACGUUGGUGCUUAGGGAAGGAGAUGGGCAUACGAGUUUCUACUUAGGCGGGAAGACGACGCGGGUCAUUGAGGAAUAUUUUGUGAGUGGAGUGGCGCCCGAGCAGGGGCUGGUCGUGCCGAGUUGA